AUGCUGUGUAACAGAACAUCCGGGUUUCAGGCCAGUCUGCCUAGAAAAAUGGAGUCUGCGGUUGGCAGGUGGGAAAUACUGAACAAAAGCAAGAGAAUACUCAAGAAGACUGGAGCAGAAGAAAGGUGAAACUGAUUUCUCAAAAAUAUUUUAACUUGAUUGUAUAUUUAUAAAGUAUUUUUCAAUUUGUUCAAUAUCAAUUGGAACAGGCUGUUUUGUUCAAGUUUCAAAGUUUGGAAAAUAUUACUCGCAUCUGCCAAUAGAACAACUUGUUCCCUUUUUGGUUCGAGGAAAACAUGCCCCUAUACACAAGAGAUUUCCGAAAAAUAUCACCAAUAAUACUCGUCUUCUUUCUCUAUUCGUAUUGGGGUGUUAUUUUACUGUAAUUUUUAGAUAUCUCAGAUUGAUUGCUUACAGGGAGUUUACCAGACUUGUUCACGGAUACUUGGGAAAAAGAAGAAUCCCUCUUCCUGCCUGUGCCAACACUGCGAUUCGGAAAGCACUCCCCAGCAAAGAGGAUGAACCAUUAACAGGAUUUCAAUUAGACGAAGAUUAG